AUGGACAACUCUCGCCGUACCUCCGCUGGCAGCCGCCGCCAACGCUCAUCGUCGACUUCGAGUAACGCGUCAACAGCCUCAACGGCGUCGUUUGUCACCGAGGAAGACUAUGAUCUGCUGGCCAGUGCUGCCAUCCCCGAUGGAUUUCGACCAUCGGGCCCCGUUCCGAACUUGUCCGCCAUCCGUCGCCCUCUGCUUCCUCUCUCUGGCCCCUUGCUGCCACCACCCCAAGCAGUCAACCCAUCAUUUUCGAAAUGGAAUCAUCGACCUUCCAGUGUUGCCAAAGCCCCCAGACCCCAUGAUUCUCUCGCUAUCCGUGCCGACGGCUCCAAUGCCUCCAACACGGCCCAGACGCCUGGGGGUGGUGUCCCUCCUCUGCGAGGCGAGGCUCCAUACCGUGGCCCUUCGAAUCCUGCCCAUCAGUACGGCAUGUAUCCCCAACGAACCGCUAGUAAGGCUACCGAUCGAAGCGCCCGUGCCAAUCGCCCAUCCUCAUACACCGGCCCUCGUGGCCCUACUCAUCCAUACACACUAUAUACCCAGGGUACCGCAGCCGCACCUGUCGAGGCUAAUCAACAAGCCAUCCCCGUCGGAUUUACUGGACUGGCCGCACCAUAUGAACGACAAAUCGGACCCGACGGCGAGGAUAUUGGUGACUUACUAGGACCCCUUGGCCACACAGAGGAAUUGCCUCCCUACUCGCGAUACCCCGAAGUCGCUUUUUCUACCAAGCCAGCACCCGGUGCCGCCGUCGUCAUCCGCCGUUCACCUUCCUCGGCACAGAAUACACACUUAGAAGAGGCCUCGGGUAGCGGAUCGGCCCCAACUGUGGCCGCUGUUCCAGAGACACUGGACAAUGUCGAUGCCGCCCCGGAGAAUCCAUUUGCCUCUGCUGACGACGACCUUGGGCGCGCAACGUCGAGGCAAUCAAGACAUUCCAUCAGAACCGUGUCAACAUAUCGCGACAAUCCUUCUUCUGACGAAUCGUAUUCUGAAAAAGCACACCCAAUUCAGACGAAAUGGCAACGCAGAGCGAGAAGAAAACUCUGGGGUGUCAUUCCAUACUGGUCCAUUUGCCUCCUGUUUGUUGGUCUUAUCCUGGGUAGUAUCAUGGGUGCAGUUGUUGGAACUGUCUUGACAAAAGGCCGCUCGAGCAAACAGCAGCAAACGAAGCCCACGCCAGAACCAGACCAUAAUCCGACUCCGACAGUUGUCGAUAUUCAGCCACUGCCAACCGUCCCCAACGCGCUGCUGCCUUUGCCUGUCGGUCGCUUUUCGCUUCCCCAGAUGGAUGGUGGUGGUACUAGCAAAUUAUGUGUCAAUGACAGCAGACAACUUGCAGCCUGGAGUUGUAACAUGGCUUUCCGAUUUUAUUCUGUCGAUGUCUCUCCCGAUGCAGGUCGAGCCUCGAUUGAGCGAUACAAUCUGACGCUCAAGCCUAUCAACAGCACUCAAUCUCAACUACUAUGGGGCACACAGCCACCUUAUAUCAAGGAUCCGGUGAAGCUCAGGCUUGUCAACGAUAGUAUGCAAGGGGAAACGCGUGGUCCUGCCUGGUGGACCUCCGUUUCCUAUGACAAGACUGUCGUUGUUCGGCAAGAAGACCUGUCGCCAAUGCACAGUAAACGGAACUGGGUUUAUCCCGGACUCCCAGCGACAAUUGCUACUGCCAACUCGCAAAAGUCGAGAUUUUCAAGGUCAAAAUAUCAACCGCAACCUGGCGAUUGUAUGUGGAUCUGCACAUGGCCGCAGACUGUACUUGAAAUUCUCAUCUACCCCGGUCAGAACGUAACAACGGAUCCGGGACCACCGACGGGGCCGUCUCUUACGAUGUCGCCGGUGCCAUCCCGCACGUCCUCCCCCCAGGAUGAUUCCAACUUUGGCAACUUUGAUUUGAACCAGAUGCCCCAAGACCCUCUGGCGCCCUACCCGAAGCUUGUCCGGUUGAUCGAACGCCGCACAGCAAAUAGCCGUCCUGCCACGUGUUUCGGUUAUGAGAUGAACAGCCGCGGCAACAUUGUACCGCAAACAAACCCCCAAGGCGAUGCCAACCAAAUCCAAAUCUCCGAAAACGUCAAUACGGUUCACAGAAUGGACCGAUCUCCCGGUCCUUACAACGGCCCGCGUGGCAGGGAGGACAGGGACAUGCAGGUAGACGGCUCCGGCAUCGCUCCCCGGGAAUCCCUCGAAUUCACGCCAUGUUCCUGUUUUUGGUCGCAGUGA